CAGCAACGGUCAAUCAUUGAGACUCCCUGUUGUCUUACUUCGUGGAGAAAUAUGGAUUUGUUUGGUUUGUUUCGGAGCAAGCCAAUUGCCCCGGAAAAAGUACCGACAGACACCGUUAUCCCUCUCCACCAUCUAGAUGAUACAUACAUCAAUGCGGCGAUUUGUCUUGAUUUUUCCAUGAUAUUUGAUGAUGUGCUCGACGACGAAAAAUUGAUUGGCGCAUUCGAGCGACUGCUGGAACGACCUGGAUGGCGAAGGUUGGGUGCGAGAUUGAGGCGAAACAGCAAAGGAAAGCUAGAGUAUCAUGUCCCGGAAAAAUACACUACGGAACGCCCGUGUGUAAAUUUCACAAAAGCUACACAUGAUAUGUCUAUCUCGCAACAUCCUAUGGGGGCCAAGAUACCUCGCCCCACUGCGAAACCAGAGGUUCUGCACAGAGCAGCGGAGAUCCUCCCACUACUGCUCCCUGCACAUCGUAAUACCAGUAUCAAUGAUUGGAUAUAUACCGACCGCGCACAGCUCAGUGUUCACGUCGUUGCAUUCAAUGAUGCCACGGUUGUCACACUUUCAUGGCUCCAUACGCUACUCGAUGCCAUGGGUCGAAACAUGCUUUUACGAGCAUGGACGGCUAUGCUUGAAGGGCGUGACGAAGAUGUUCCUGAGUUCUAUGGCUACGACUUCGACCCUCUGGCAAAUCUCGGAAAACAGGAAAUGCGCGAGCAUGAGAAUUCAUCACCUGUGGAAGAGUACGUACUUAAAGACAGGAGACUUAGCUUAUGGGGAAUGCUUCGUUUCGUAUUCAAUCUCUUCUGGGAAACAACUUUCUAUCCUGUCGAGGAUGGGCGAACAGUUAUCAUUCCCAAUACUUUCUUUCGGAAGCUUAGAGCCCAGGCAGUCGAGGAUUUGGCGACCGCGCCGACCGACACUCUCAUGAUGAACUUUUCUGAUCCAGCGAAUCCCAAGCCAUUCCUCUCCGAUGGGGAUAUUCUCUGCGCCUGGUGGCUACGCCUUUUCCUUUCAUGCCAGCCUUGGAUCGACCCCUCGAGAACAAUAGACAUAUCCAAUGUCUUUGGUAUGCGGAACCUCCUCACUCAGACGGAACCACAGCUACUUCCCGAUGGUGUAGCAUUCAUUGGGAAUUGCGUAACUGCAGUUCACUCAUUUUUCACUUUCCAAGAAAUCCUUACGCUACCACUCGGCCAUAUUGCGACGCGCAUCCGAAGGGACCUUGUGAAACAGACCACGCGUCCGCAAAUCAACGCCUCAAUGCAAGCCAAUCGGGAAGCUCUCGCGAAAGGCGGUGCAGCGCUGUAUGGAUCUGGAGACAUGAUCAUGGCCAAUUUCUCAAAUUGGUCGAAGGGAAAAAUGUUUGAAACGAACUUCGAAUCGGCAGUCAAGAGUUCUCAUGGGAAGGACAAAACAAAAGGAAGGCCCACAGCUCUCAUGGUAGAAGCGUUUCUGAAAGGGUUUAGUAUUCGGAAUUCUGGCGCAUGUGUAGGGAAGGAUGCGGAUGGGAACUAUUGGGUUUCGGCGGCUCUACGGCCAGAGGCAUGGGAUAAUGUGAGGAAAGCACUUGAGGGAUUAAGUUAGACGAAAAGCGUUGUCUGACUUCCAUGGAAGUCGAGUAUAAUCGCUUAAACAGAGCACAAUUGACGGUCUUGCAAUGCAACGACUAGAGUACCAGAAUAUCAUCACAAUUCAACGC